AAGGUUAGCAGAGUCGGUUCUCAUUUGUCUCAGAGAGUUAGAGAGCUCAAGAUUUUCAGAGACGAGGACGAAGUAGUGGAGAAGAUCAAGAUUCGAGUCAUUUCGAUUUCACCUGGCAAUUGGUUAGUUCAUCAUGAAUUUUUCUGAAGAAAAGUUGAUGGAGUUUAUCAGUGCGGAGUAUCCUUAUGAAUCUGAUGUGCAUGACAAUAAACUCUGUCUUGGGGAACUUUCUAUCGACCUGAGGCUUUGUGGUCUUUCUCUCACAUGUUUGAGUGUUACCAUGCCAUACCAGCGUGAUGUGAUUGCCUCCUUUGUUGGUCAUAUUGACGUCUACAAUGCAGAUGUAGACAAAAAAGGCGACGCACCUAUAUUCUCGUGUCCUGUUGUUGGAGAUUCUUUAGUCGUUGACAUUCAAAAGCCAAUCAACCAUCCUUUCCAUGUGUACUUGGAUCUUUCUGAAACUAUGAAGAAGCUCACUAUAUCUUAUGAUCUUGAAGAUGUGGAAAUGCCUGCUGUGAAUGGAAAAACUGUCUACAAGGCUGCUGAUUUUAGUAUUUGUGAAGAUAAAAUUAGAAUCUUUGAUCGUACCUGCUUGGAAGAAAUAAUCAUAUGUGAUGCUUCUGUUAUGGAUUACGAUUUUGAUGGCUUCAUAUAUAGGCUAGAGAGAGCACAUGUGGGGGUUGGACGGGCAUACAUGCACUACUUAGAUGGCGCUGAUGUAGCCUCUGCUCGAGCAUUGAAACUGAUUACUGAAUUGAAAAAUGUCAGGAACCUGACUUUGAACAUGAACACUGUUGGGACACUUAGCUGCUGCUUGUUAAAUGAGGAGAGCAACUUGCCUAUAUUUUCAAAUUUGCUGCUUUUGGAAAUGGAAUUCCAUGAAUGCUUCGGUUGGAAAUUGCUGUUCAGUUUUCUUGAAAGCUCCCCUGCUUUGCAGGAAGUAAUCAUUCGCAAGGUAGAUGAUGACCUUGAGAAUUUUAAAUACAAAGGUGAAGAACAUGAUCUCUUUACAACUUUGACACUACCCCAGAAAGUUCCAAGUAGUCUGCUGACAAGCAUUCAGAUUAUUGAGAUGACUCUGCCUGUGCUUCAUGAGAAAGACGAUGAUGUAUACCAAUAUCUUGUUGAAAACGGUGCAGCUGUAAACAACGUGCUGGUUCUUGCCGCAUCCAAAGUUUAUCAGCAAGUCUUGGAGAUGUUUGCAAUGUUUAAGGUUCGUGCAGUUGAUGUUGUGGAAAUAUGAUGGAGCUGCAGCAUUGCAUU